ACGAGCAUUAACCAACAUUGAAGUCUUGUCAUUCCUUACAAGCCAUGUGAAUUGGAUAGACUAACUUUCAACAACAUAACAUAAUUGUAACAAUUUGAAUUUACUUCGUUUUUAUCAUUUGUUAACUGUUAAUAACAUUGUCAACUUGUGAAUUUAGUCUCAACAAUCAACUGGACUAAACUACAAUCAAUUCAUUUGUCAUCGUUCUUCGUCUAUUAUCAAUUGUUCACUUAUUUAGUUAUGUUCGUAUAUUUUCAUCCUUUCAAACAUUCAAUCCUUUGACAUACAAAUAUAUAAAUCAACAUAUAUUUCAUCUUCAAUUUGGAUUAUUUGGUUUCUCAUCAAAUAUCAUUGGAUUUAACGUUAUAAAUCAAUAUAAAUAGUGAGAUUGAUAUUAAAAUUAAUAAUAAAAUUAUAAAUUUCAGACCUGUGAUUGGGUCAUGCAGUAGAAAUAUGCUUUGUAUUCAACAAAAUCAGAGCUGUUCAUUCAAAGGACCAAUUUCUCAUUCACCAAUAUCUUCAACUAAUAUUUUUGAUCCUUUACCUUCACUUAAUUCAGUUCAAUCAAAUUCAACAACGUGUGAAGAGGAUCUUUCAGAUAUUUCAGCUGAUUUUUCAUUUGAUGUACCUUUAGAUGGUAUUUUGGAUCAAAUGUUUAAUCAACAAUCAAAUUUCGAUUCACUCGGGCUUGAUCAAGGACAAUCUGGUUACUCAAAUAGUGGUUCCAAUACACCAGUUCAGUUGAAUUUUCAAAGAUCAACUUUCACCGAUAAUAUUAACGAGAAUAACUCUUCUAAUAUCAAUAUCACCAACAUCAACAACAACAACAGUAAUAACAGCAACAAUAACAAUCAAAACAAUAAUUCAAGUAUUAUACUUAAUAAUGAUAAUACUAUUAAUAACAUCUUAGGCAAUAAUCAAGGAUCAUUGAUUGGAUCAAACGAGACAUCUUUAAGUUCAACACCAACUACACCUAAUUCAACAACUUUACCAAGCUUCAUGGAAAUUUAUUCACCAAGAAAUUUUCCUCCUCAACCACCACAACAACAAUCACAAUCACAUUCUGGACUUAACAUUACACCAACAACUAACGAUGAAACAUCUUCAUUCUUUAAAUUUGAUGACUUCAAUGAUGAUGAUAAUACAUCAUUAUCUGAAGUUUCAUUUGCUUCUGUUUCAAUCAAAAAUUCCAACACAGGAUCAGGAUCAUUGAUUGAUUUAUCAUAUGUUAAACAAGAAGAUGAUUGUGAUGGUGAUUUAAAUAACUGUGCAAUGCCAUUAUCAAUUCAAACAGCAACUAACCCACAACUUCAACAACAACAUCAUCAACAAUUAAGACAACAGCAACAAUCCCAGCAAUCACAACAACAACAACAAUUGCAUAGUUUCCGACAAAAUCCUCUACAUCAAUAUACAAGAUCUGUUAAUCAACAAGAUGUCAACUCUCCAUUUACAGCAAGUUCGAGUGUUGCUUCAAGCCCAGGAUACAUAUCAAUGUCUUCAGCUCGAUCUACACCUAAUCUUGAACAUGGUCAAUCUCAGUUUCAACAGUCUCUUACCAACCAUCUUACACAAAACCAGUUGCAAUCAAAUCAAUUUCGAAGUAUUUGCACAUCAGCAACUAACUCACCAUCUUCGAUCAACUUUUCAUAUAAACACAACAUUGAUCAAUGUUGUGCUAGUCCAAGCUCUGAUCGAUAUCAGCGACAAUCACCAUCACAAUUAUCCCCAAUUUCAAGAUCUCCAUAUCAAAAGGUAGAAUCACCACUGGCAUCAAAUAUAAAUACGUCUAAUCAUUUGGCAUCUUUGAAUCCAAUUAGAAACCAAGAAGAUCUUCUGAGGUCGUCUAUAUCAUCAUUAUUUGCAUCAGCAAAUAUCAAUGGAUCUUUAUUGAGAACAAGUUCAGGCGAAACCUCUCCAAAUGAACCAAUAAUUUGCCGCAAUAAAAGCCAAAAAGCGUCAACAUCAAACGAGUCAAAUACAGGUUGCUCAUCGGCUGCCACUUUAAACACAAGCUCAACAGGUCAUCCCUUGAAUCAAUUGUGUGCUGUUUGUGGUGAUAAUGCUGCAUGUCAACAUUAUGGAGUCCGAACUUGUGAAGGUUGUAAAGGUUUCUUUAAGAGAACAGUUCAAAAGGGUUCAAAAUAUGUUUGUCUUGGUAAUCGUGAUUGUCCAGUUGAUAAAAGAAGACGAAAUAGAUGCCAGUUUUGUCGAUUUCAAAAAUGCUUAGCUGUUGGAAUGGUAAAAGAAGUGGUAAGGACGGACAAUCUUAAAGGUCGUCGUGGUCGAUUACCAUCAAAACCUAAAUCACCUCAAGAAUCACCUCCAUCGCCACCAAUUAGUACAAUUACUGCAUUAGUAAGGGCUCAUGUUGAUACAUGUCCGGAUAUUUCAAAUCUUGAUCUCAGUCAUUAUUGUGAACUUGAUGAAUCAAGUUUAACACUAGGAGCUAGCUUAGCUUGUCGCCAACAAUCUGUGAAUCUGCUUUCUUCAGCGGUGGAAGCUUGUCGAAAUUUUGCUGAAAAAAUACCAGGAUUUGCUGAUCUCAAUAAACAUGACCAAGAUUUACUCUUCGAUUCAUCUUGUUUGGAGAUAAUUGCUCUACGCAUUGCCUACCAAAACAAACCUGGAUCGAAGAAGAUCAUACUACCUAAUGGAAUGGUUCUUCAUCGUAAUCAAGUUAAAUUACUAUUUGGUUCUUGGUUUACUAAUCUGGAAUCAUUUUCACAAAGAUUCGCUCAAAUUGAUAUAGACAUAUCAGCAUUUGCUUGUCUCGCAGGCCUCUCAUUAAUCACCGUGCGGCAUGGUCUUGUUGAUCCAAAUCGUGUUGAAGCCCUGCAAAUGAAAAUAAUAGAGUCUCUUAGAGAUCACGUUACUUACAAUGCUGAAGCUCAAAAGAAAUCGCAUUAUUUUUCAUCAAUAUUAUCAAAAUUACCUGAUUUAAGAUCACUCGCAAUGGAUGGGUUAACAAUGCUGCACGAGAUUAAAUUAGAGUCCAUAGUGUCAAUUCCUGAGACACUAUCAAAAUUAGUCACUAACUUAUCAUAUUUUUAAGCUGUAUUAAUCACUUAUCAUAUGCCGAAAUGGGAAAUUCAAUCAGAUUGGAAGAUUAACUUAAAAUUAAUUAUUUACAGAAGUAUUAUGCUGAAUUGAAUAACAUUGGUUAAAAUUGGCAUUAUUUUCCCUCGCUUUUUCAUGCUACAUGAGCCGCCAUCUUUGUGCAAUAUUUACAACUUUAUGUUGAAUUGUUAUUGUUUAAAAAAUUCAUCAAAAUGCAAAUAUUUUCAUCAUCCAUAGAAUUGUAUUGUUUUAUUAAUUGUUCUUAUUCAAUUCUAUGAUCAAGUUUGUUGUUUGAACCUCAUUGUGAUUGUAUUAUUUCGUCCAUUUCAACUCGUUGAAAUGCUACCCAAAAAUUGAUUGAUGUCAACCCAUUUCUCUCUAUUUUCUCAUCACUUUCAUAUUCAUUACAAAAAACUACCUCACCCUGAUCCCUUGAUUGUAAAUCACGAAAGUUAACUAUUUCGGUGCAAAUAGACUAUUAAAACAUUUUAUCCAAUUUCA